AUGGUGCCAGGAUAUGCAGAGGUUCCCCUAGAGUUGCUCAUCUAUUUUUUUGCUGACGACAGUAUUCUUUUUGUUGGAGCUAAUGUGCAAGAAUUCUCCGUUAUAGCUGACAUUAUCAGCAAGUAUGAGAGGGCAUCAGGUCAGAAAGUCAAUCUUAGCAAAACUGAUGUAACUUUUAAUAAAAAUGUUAAUACUAUCUGGAGGGAGGAAAUUAUUGAGAUUCUUGGAGUUCAGGAGGUUGAAAAACAUGAGAAAUAUUUGGGCCUCCCAACUACUAUUGGCAGAUCGAAGAAAGUGAUUUUUGCAGGGCUUAAAGAGAGACUAUGGAAAAAGCUUCAAGGGUGGAAGGAGGAGUUGCUAUCAAGGUCGGGAAAGGAAAUACUCAUUAAAGCUAUUUUGGUGGGGCUCCACAGAUACGGGAAGAAAGUUACAUUGGCAGAGAUGGGAUCUUCUUUGUCAGCCGAAAGGAAAGGGUGGGUUAGGAUUUCGUGA